AUGGCUUAUAAGAAGCCCAUUUUUGAUUUAGAGGGUAAUGUUUUAGAGGAAUGUCAUAAUGCAGUAGAUAAAAAGAUGCUAUUAAAUGAUUUGUGGUGUGAAAUUCAUGCUUGUGUGAGUUUAGUGCAAAACAAUGAAGAUGAUCUAAGUGAUCUUGUCAAAAAACUUCGAGCCAUGAGAAUAGAUUUGGAACAGAAGAAAACGACAAAUGGAAGCAACAAUUUUUGUAGCAAAGUUAAAGACAUUGAAAUGCUUAUUGGAGCUAGUUUACCUUUUGAAGUUUUGAUCAAAGCUCCAAAAAUUUCAAAAAACAAAGGUACAGGGGUUCAUGUUCCAAAUCAGGUUAAUGUUCCAAAUGAUACCCCUAUUCCAAAUGAUACGCAUGUUCCAAAUAGUGACAAGAGAAUGAAGAGUGACAGAGAAAAAGCUGUUGAACAAAGUCAAAAGAAGAAAAGAUUAUGUAGAGCAUGUGGAGAGCUUGGUCAUCAUGAUAGUUGUAAUUGUUCAAGGAAAGUCAAGUGA